AUGCUGAAUCUAUCCCACAAUAACCUGUCUGGUUCUAUUCCAGAUAGUUUCAAAGAUAUGCAAGUUCUGGUUUACGAGUACCUUGAAGGCGGUAACUUGGCCACAAUCCUAGACAAGGAUAAAAAAGCUAAAAAUUUGGAUUGGAGUAAGAGGGCAAACAUUGUUAAAGGUGUUGCCAAUGCCCUGUCUUACAUGCACCACAAUUGCUCACCUCCAAUUGUUCAUCGAGACAUAACAAGCAAAAACAUUUUGCUUGAUUCCGAAUUCGAGGCUCAUGUAUCAGAUUUUGGCAUUGUCAAGCUUCUAAAUUCUGAUUUCAUCCCAUUGGACUGCAAUGGCAGGGACAUACAGGAAUGUUGCACAUGGCAAUACACUAACUUUUGCUCUAUUUUGUUGAAUUUAGCUUGA